AUGUCAAACAACAACUUUCCAACAACAUUCUUCUCCAAUAGUGACACGACAUCCUCCACACUACAACAACAAAUUCACAACAACACUCUCCACGACGACAUUGACAACGAAGAAGACGAAGACGAACAACUUCAAAUUGAAUUAAUGUCAUCAUCACCUACAACUCCAUUAAAAAUUAAUUCUUCUUCAAAAACAAAUCAUCAUCACAACACUGAAGAUGAAGAGUAUGAAGAAGAUGCUCUUUUGUUGAGAAGUGAAAAUAGUGGUCACAAUGAAGAAGAAGAUGUCACCACUGGAAUGUAUCUCAACGAAAACACAAUAUACAAACUAUCUAAAAAACCAUAUACUUCUUUCAUUCCACCUCACAAAAUGACUCGUUUACAAUAUGCUUAUUAUAUAUUUUUACAAUUUAUGAUUUUCACAUGGAAAGAGGUUUCAAAAAGAAAAGUGGCAUUUUUAAUUGGAACUGCUUCAUGUUUUGUUGUUGUUUGGAUGGUCAUGAUAUCAGUUUCUGCAUUAUCACAAAUUCCUCUUGUUUUUAUCAGAUUGGCAGAAUUACAAGUUGGAGAAUAUGACAUUCAAAUUAGAGCUUCAAAAAUACUUCCAGGUGUGACACUCAAUUAUACUUUAAUUGAUCAUCAAAUUCAAAAUGCUACAAAAACAGAUUUAACUGAACAAGAACGAUAUUCCUAUCACUCUCCGAGAUAUUUAUUUAGUGUGAAGGCUUUUACUUCUUGCAUGAACAACACUUUAUCCAAUGAUUUAAAUUAUCAACAUUACUCUUGGAUGUAUAAUUCAUCAGAUGUGACAUGUGGACAAAAAAAAUAUCCUUACAAAAUUUCCAUCACCGAUUACAACAAUGGAUUUUUUUGUGUUCCUCGUUACUGUAGAACACAACAAGAUCGAGUCCCAUUAUACAUUAUUGACACUGACAAAGAAAAUCGAAUGCAAUUUGGAAGAAAUUAUCCAUACAAGAAAUUGAAAAAAGGUCAUGCAAUUAUUGGUUCGUCCAUGGCCACUGAUUUGGGUGUGAAAUCAGGAGAUUCAAUUCUCGUAGGAAUAUCAACCAUGGAUACUCUUGUUGGUCCUUAUUAUGAAGCAGGAAUUGUUCGAUAUAAUGAUCAACACUUUUCUAAUGCACUUUUAUCAUCACUUGAAUUUUUACCUCAAUCCUUGAAAGAGGCUUUUGAAAAGGAAACUUCAGAAUUGAGUCCUGAAUUAGCUUCUCUCAAAAAGUUAUCCAUGUUACACGCGUUACUCGAAUCAGAUGUUUCACAACAAGUAUUUUCACAAAAUGUCAUUCAACUCUCCAAUGAAGAAAAGUACAUGAAUCGAAGAGUGACAUUCAAUAAUGGAACUUUAUACUUUCCAAUCACUAUUGACCAAGUAUCCAAUAAUGUACAUGGAAAAUUUGCUACAAGUAUUACAGAUUAUAUCAUUUUGGAAUAUGAUUCGUUUUUGGAACACAUUUCCGAGUUCUUACCCUCUCAAUUAUUCACUGAACAAGAAAAAUCAUCUCUCUCUCGUGUGAGUCCUUAUUCCUAUGCAGGUUAUGUCUAUUUUAAUUAUCCACCCAAUCGAUUAACAGCAUACAAUGAAAAUGACUUUAAAAAGAUUAGAGAUAAGAUUACAGAUUUCUCAUCACUUGCCAUGUAUUUGAUUGGAUUUAAUCAAGUAGAAACAGAUUUUCCUAUUUUGGAACAAAUGCAACAAACCCAAUUCUUUGCACUCUUUGUGGGUUUAAUUAUUUCAAUCAUUUUGGUCGUCUUGUCUCUAUUAAGUGUUGUACUAAUUUAUAGUUUAUUAAUGAUUAAUGUGGAAAAUAGAAGAUUUGAAAUGGGUUUAUUGAGAAUUUUAGGAUUGAAGAGAAUUCAUCUUGUUGAAUUAAUUCUUGUACAAGCCAUGUGGUAUGGAAUUCCAGCAUGGGUGAUUGGUUUAAUUAUUGGACAAGUAUCCUAUGCAGGUGUUGCAAUGUUAUUGAGUUCCACAUUGGAAGCUCGAGUUUCCUUUUUUGCAUCAUUUGAAGCAGUGGCAUUUGCUUCUUUGCUUGGAAUUGGAGUUCCAAUCAUUGCUUCCAUUCUUCCAAUCAAAACUGCAUUGGGACAGAAUUUACAUGAUUCUCUCGAUACUCAACGAUCGGUUUCAGCUGUGAAAUACAGUGUGGAAAGAGCUGAAUCUGAACAUAUUGCUUGGACUCCAGUCGUUCUUGGAAUGAUUGGAGUUGUCUUUGGUUUUGGAGUCUAUUAUGUCAUGCCACUCUCUUUACUCACAUUUAACAUUACAAUUAUGAGUUACAUGAUUAUGAGUGUGAUUCUGUUCAUGUUGUUAGGACUUGUUAUACUCUCUCUCAAUUUUGAAAAUAUUAUUGAAUUUAUUGUGGUCCUAUUCACCAUUGGUAUUUUUGAAAAAGCAGCAGUGAUUGAUCUUGUUGAGAAGAAUCUCAUUGCACACAGAGAGAGAAAUCGUAAAACCACACUCAUGUUUGCAUUGAGUUUGGGUUUCAUUAUAUUUAGUUCUGUACUUUUUAACACUCAAAUUACUGCCUUUAAAUAUAACAUUAUGAGAGGUGCAGGAACGAACUUGAUUGUUGGAACUCGAUCCUUAUAUGCCUUUUCAUCGUUCCCGCAAGCUCUGUAUGAUGUGGAAAACUUUGCACUUGAGCAUCCUGAAUGGAUUGAAGGAACCACUUAUUGGACGUUUGGACUUCAUUCUCUACGAACAUCCAUUCAAAAGACACAACUUGGAACUAGAGGAGCUCUCGUGAAGGAUGAAGUUUACAUUCGAGCAAUUGCUCCCAAUUUUUUCAAUGUGACCAAUUCCAAAUUUUUGAGAGUGGAAUCAAGAAUUGAACCUGCGACCGUUGCUUCGUUGAAGGGAGGAGGAGUCGUGGUGCCUCUCGAGAAUAACUUUUCUUCACUUCUCUCGUCAACAAGAUCCUCCGAAUCAUUCUCAUUAUGGAGAUCGUCCUAUUCUCGUUAUAGCUACAAUUUGGAUGAGUACUUGUAUACACUUGAAGGUGGUUCACAAUUAAUUUUAGGAAGCUAUUUUAAAACUCAUCUUAAUGUCGAUUUAAAUGAUGAGGUGAUUAUUGAAACUGUGGAAACAACUUCUGCCAUUCCAAAAUAUAAUUAUGCUCUAUUCAAAGUUGGAUCUUUCUUGGAGGCUUCACCUGUCGCUCUCUAUUCUGCCUUUCCAAGAUUUGGUACUCAAAAUAUUUUAGUGAGUGUUCCAACUUUUCUGAGAUUACUUGGACGUGACAAGGGAUUUUCUGCGAAUCGACUUCCAGUAGAUGCCAUUUUCAUUAAAUUGACCAAUUCCGUUCAACAGAACAAACAAGAAUAUAGAAAGAUGAAAACUUCCCUUCAAAAAGUGAUUAGUGCUUAUCGAGGACCUUUCAUUAGAGAUGUCAAUGAUGAAUUAUAUCCAAUUGAAAUUGCUGUUCAAGUGAUGAAUUUCUUCUUCCUCUUUACCACCAUGGUUGCAUUAAUUAUUUGUUUCUUUAGUUUAGUAUCAAGCAUGUAUAGCAAUGUGAAUGAACAAGCAAAAGAAAUUGGUGUCUUGAGAGCCAUUGGAAUGAGAAAGUUUUCAAUUAUUAGAGUUUUUAUUUAUGAAUCAUUUGUACUCAUUGCUUCUGCAUCUAUUUCUGGAAUAUUUAUUGGAGGAGUGAUUGGAUAUACCAUGUCACUUCAAAACACACUUAUUACUGAGCUACCUAUUGAUUUUAUAUUUCCUUAUCAAAUUGUUGCAUUGGUAUUUAUUUGUGCAAUGGUAUUCAGUUUUUUAAGUUCCUUCUUCCCAAUUUAUUCACUUGUGAAAAUGCCUAUUGUGAGUGUUUUGAGAAAAUUAAAUUAA